GUGCGAAUCUAGGGUGUGGGAAAUUCUUUCUACCUCGCUUGUGAGAAAAAUUAUAGUAUCACUCAUUUAGAACCCCGGACUGGAUAGAAGAUGCUAUUUUUUCUGAUUUAUUUCAUCGUAUCCCUGCUGUCGUGCGCUGGUGCUGAUUUCACCUCUUCCAACCCUUCGACCUCAAUUAGAUCAAGAUGGCCAAGGAAGGAGAGAUGGGAAGACGGUAGAGUGCGGCCUUACUACGCCGUAGACCACGUAAAAGUCAAAGAGGAGAUCGUAUCCCCAAAGACGAUCGUAGAAGUACUCGACCGAUAUAUGCACAUUGUGCAGAACCCGGCGAUCCGAACUAAUUAUUAUCUCCGCGCGGCUAAAGCGACAGAAGGAAGCUCAGCUUUGUUAUCUCCAUUCUACGGUGCUACGUUUAGAGAGUGGUGGACACAUCGACAAGCCUCUGCUGUGCCGGAAGACCCGGUAUGGUUUGACGGUACGGUUGUCGAGGGCUUACUUGAGGCUAUCAAUAUCACUGUCAAUUACCACCUGCCGCAGCUGCUAUCAGUUCGGCCCGGGUGGCAUUACGAAAAUGAAAGUGAAGUUUAUCAAGAGGAACUACCGACUUACUUUGCCUCCUCGCUGUUCCCAGAUGAUGUAGAGAGUUACGUCCAGGAUGGAAGGUGGGAAGGCGUCCGAACUCAUAUUGCGGCGCGAUAUAAUACACUUGUGCACCUACACCGUAAAUCUAGACUGGCGGAAAGGCAUCUACGUGCGGCUGCUAAGGGGCAGAAGCUAGAUGUGCUCGCUGCGACUGGGAAGGCGGUAGAUAUGGUUAUCACACGCGCAAGAAAAAUAGCAUCAGAGCUCGACGAACUCGAUCAUAUUUACGAGUCGUUUAGUAAAAGACCAGAGAGAGCAGACUGGCUCGGAAGUGCCGCAUUGGACUCUCAGGAUCCCCGAUCUUCUAGCUCCGUUUCACGGUUUUAUCGGAGGAUACGAUAUAACGUCUUCACCACGAACAGGUCGAAAAGGCAAGACGUCGAAAACUAUCACCGUGCAUUGCGCGGUAAUGUUGCUCGGGCCUGCGCCGAAUAUUAUGUGAAAUUCCUCCGCGACGAGAACGAGAUCAGCAACGGUACGAUGGUCCGCCAGGGUAUUCACCAGACGUAUGAGGCUCUCCAUUAUGGAACAACAAUAAGUAGGAAGGACAUAGAGUUGACAAUUGAUGGUAUACUACGCGAGUUGAAAAGGUACGACAGAUUGCAGAAGAACUCACAGAAAGAGUUGCAGAACAGAUUACAGGAGCACCGCGUGCAACAGACUAUCAAAGAGCUCAGUAAAAUAACACAAAUUCGCCAGUUCGCCGAGGACAUGGUAGCUGCGGCCAAUAAUUUGACACGAGAUCUAGACCGUGUAGGGAGAUAUCGGCGUGUAGAGACGGAGAAAGCCCAGGCUCGCUCGCAGGGUCAAGGCUGGCUGAAUUCCAAUGGCAAACUCCUAGACGUGAGAUUAGAAAAGGUGAUAGAUGAGAAGACCGGGGAGGAAAUCACAAUAUACUACGACUACGAAUACCAGAUCGAUAGGCCAAAGACGAUGGGGUCGGUCAUCCGAAGCAAAGCCGACGAGCUCGAGUAUGUAUGGCACUCGGUACAGUAUUGCGAGAACGACCUGGCGUACCUGAACAUCUGCGAGGUGACGAGAUUGAACUCGACGCAGAAGGCGCAGAAGCUUGAGAAAGAGUUCAGAGAGCGUGCUAAUGCGCUGGACCGUAAGCCACCGACUUGCGACGAGCUGGGGAAUCUGGUACAUCUGAGAAGUACUUGCAAGGAGAAAUAUCUUGAUGACUAGGUAGGACCUGGUAGGUUGCGGAGGACGGAGUUUGUUGGGUGAGGGUGUGUAAUUUCGAGUAACUAGUGGAAUAGGG